CACUGGCUCCUCCCCGCGCCUCUCGCCCCGCCCCUUCCCGGCCGCGAUGGGGGGGCGACCGGUCUCCAUGGAGACGGUGGACGCACCGGAGGAGGUGGCGGGUACUUACCUGCUAGGGACGUGGCGACUGGGACCUAGGCUGAGAGGAGACCAUGUCGGAUCUGGGCUCCGAGGAGCUGGAGGAGGAGGGAGAGGACAAUCUUGGGGAGUACGAAGGGGAGCGAAAUGAGGCCGGCGAGCGGCACGGACAGGGCAGAGCCCGGCUGCCCAACGGGGAUGUGUACGAAGGCAGCUACGAAUUCGGGCAAAGGAGUGGCCAGGGGAUCUACAAGUUUAAAAAUGGUGCCCGGUACACUGGACAAUAUCUUAAAAAUAAAAAGCAUGGUCAAGGCAUUUUUAUAUAUCCAGAUGGAUCAAGAUAUGAAGGGGAGUGGGCAGAUGACCAGAGGCACGGGCACGGCGUGUACUACUACGUCAACAAUGACACCUACACCGGGGAGUGGCUCGCUCACCAAAGGCACGGGCAGGGGACCUACUUCUACGCGGAGACGGGCAGCAAGUAUGUGGGCACCUGGGUGCACGGCCAGCAGGUGGGCGCGGCCGAGCUCAUCCACCUGAACCACAGAUACCAGGGCAAGUUCCUGAACAAAAAUCCUGUCGGGCCUGGAAAGUACAUAUUCGACGUUGGAUGUGAACAGCAUGGCGAGUACCGCCUGACAGAUGUGGAGAUAGUAGAAGAGGAGGAAGAGGAGGAGACCUCAGUCAAUGUGGUUCCAAAAUGGAAAGCGACCCAGAUCACAGAGCUGGCUCUGUGGACCCCGACCCUCCCCGAGCAGAAGCCCCCCUCAGAUGGAGCUGGCCCGGAGGAGACGCUCGAGGUGGAGGGCGCCACUGAGCUCGAGGAGGAAACCCAGGAUCUGCCCAAAGCUUUGGAGGGUGAGCUGGAUCUGCGGCCGGGAGAGGAGGACGCGGACACCUGGGAGAACAGUUAUGACGUGGACCAGGCAAACGCCAGCUUUGAGGAAGAGGAAGAAAGACAGGCCGAGCUGCAGGACUGAGGGCGGCUCAGCUCGGGAGAGCACGCUGCACCCCAGGCCGGGCCACCAGUCACGGAUGCUUCGCAUAGUGUGUUAGGUCGGUUUGCGGCUGCAAAUAAAUCCUCCAUAGCCCCUUGUUUCCGGA